CAAGAACAUGACCUUCUGUCAGCGAAAAAAAGUAUUUUCUCUAAUUUAUAGUUUAAAGACACGGUAGUUUUGUUUUAUUUUGUAUAUUUGAAGAUGCGCACACCGAGUUGUGUUUUAAUGUCAGUACUGCUGAUUAUCGCUGACGGGUUGGUUGUACACGGUCCCUCUGGUCCUCUGGUUGUUCCUUUGGGAUCUUCAGUGGUUUUUCCCUGUUACGUUGAUGAAGUUCUCUUACUAAUGGAGGGUCUGGAGGUGGAAUGGAAAAGAACAGACUCAGAGACUCUGGUUCAUCUGUAUCAAGAUGGAGAGAGUCGACCAGAAGCCCAGCAGCAGGAGUAUCAUGAUAGAGCUCAUUUCUUUACUGAUCAGAUUCAACAUGGAAACUUCUCUCUCCGUCUGGACAAUCUGAGAGCUGAAGAUGAGGGAAAAUACACAUGUAAAGUUUACAGUCAACAGGAUUCUGGACAGACUGAGGUUCAAAUAAAAGUAGAUAAUGUCGAGCAUUUACUAGUAUCAGGAUCGAGUCUCUCCAUAUCUGCGUCUGUGGGUGAAGACGUUACUCUGAGCUGCUCUGUAGACUCUCACAUCAAACCUGAACACUUUGAAGAGGUUUCAUGGAAGAAAACAGAUGAAGAUGAAGAUAUUCUGGUUCUGCUCUACCAAAACAAUGAGGCUUUUCCAGGUUCAUCAGAUAAGCGAUACAGAGACAGAGUUGAGUUCUUCACUGAUGAAAUCCCCAAAGGAAACUUUUCUCUCAGACUGAAGAGUGUCAGAAGUGAAGAUAGAGGAGUUUACAUGUGUCAAGUGUUUGCUGGAGGACUUUCAGCCAAUGCAACUGUAGGACUGGAGAGACUGGGUUUUUCUGCUCUACACAUAAUAAUGUUGAUUCUCUGUAUGUCUGCAUUGGGAUCUGCACUUCUGCUCUGCUGUCUGAUCUACAGCAGAUCACCUGAUAAAGACUCUAUUGCAUCCAAACACGUCAGGACUCUUGGGUUUCUUCAUGUGUUUCUUCCAAAUAUAAUGAUGUUUGUGGCUUUUGUCCUCUGGGGUGUUACUGAAGGAUUUCUGUAUGAGACGGUCUCUUGCUGUGCUCUUUAUAUUCUGAGGCCUCUGAGGGUGGUUUGUGUUUCACCGUAUUUAGAGAAGAAGAAGUCAGAACUCAGUGUUCGCUCUGAAUUUGUCAUGUUUAUGGUGGUCUAUUUUUCAGUUCUUUUGGGUCGUGCUUCUGGAAAUAUUGUACAUUAUGGGGAGUCUGAAAAAAUAAUGAUUAUAGCCACGUUUGGAGUCGUGAUUCUGCUCUUUGUCAUCUACACCAUUUACUUAUUUACUAAAGACAAAGAGAUGCCGUGUCAAGGAGAGAUAUUUGAAUGGAUGUGGGAUAAAUUAAGACUUGUAUCUGGAUUCAGCUUUUACAUUCUGCCUUCAUUACAAUUCACCCUCCUGUUCAUCACCUUUGGAGCCAGAGGAGGAGUAGGGGUUUUUGUCACCAUGAUUUUCCCAUUGUUCUUUUUCCUGUCAUUUUCCUGUUUGGCUGGCCUAAACAAAGAGAAAAGCUGUUCAAAUUUGCUCAAUUUAACCUCAUGGAUGAUCUUCAUGUUUAUCAUGACUGCAGUAAUGGUCUAUUUCUACAUCACAACACUGGAAAAUGAAAAAGGCGGUGCAGGAUGGACCUGUACGGCUGUAUUUGCACAAGUGCUGUGGAUGAUUGAAAUGUACAUUCGUUUCAAUGAUCUGGAUCUGGUCCUCGCCUUUAGAAAGAUGUUGUAUGUGUUUGGAUCAGUUGGUGUUGUUUUACUGAACUCUGUUACACUGAUGACUGAACUGAUACUGACAACAGUUAAUGGGGAGCGAGCAGUUGGAGACAUGAGAGUCGUUGUCUUCUCCUCUGAAAGCAUCUUUGCUUUUUCUCUGCUGAUUUUCUCCAUGUUUGAACCCUGGAUUUCUGACAUGAAGUGUCUGCAGUGUUGUCAGAAAGCAGCGAGAACUGAUGAAACUCCAGUCACUGGAUCAAACCAGAACCAGGACUCUCAGAAUGUAGCAGCGUCUGAUGAAUGUUCAGCCAAUGGAUCAAACCAGAAUCAGAGAGCAGAAUCACAUGAAAUGGAAACUCUAUUGAAUCAAGUUCAGGAGGCUGAUAGGAGUGACGUGACAGAGGAAAAUCAGCCGGAUUCAGUGGAAACACAAACAUGAUCAACACUGAGAAUCAACACUGAGCAUUUGUUCAAACUCAGUGCUAACAGUGAUUUAAAGGGGUCAUGAAAUUGAUUUUUUUUUAUUAUCUUAAAAUAUUUCCUGAGGUGCACUUAUAAUUUUAAUAUGCUUUUUACAUCAAAAAAUUGUCAUAAUUUAAAUAUAAGUUACUAUUUUCUACCCUGAUUUUAGCUCUCUGAUUUGAACACAGUUUGAAGGGGCGUGUCUUCUGUGAGACUUCAUGAUUGGCUGACAUCUUUGCAUAUGAAAUAUGUAUUACAUGUGGAAUCCUUUCAAAUACUUUUACCACAUUUUACUAUUACAGCCUUGAAGAUUAUCAAAUAGUGAAAAGUGUUGAUUAUUGCUUUAUAUUUAGAUCUAUUACUAUCAAGGUUGCAGUGAUUAACAUUGAUCAGAUGACAGUCUGUUGAUCUUGUGAAUGCAGUAAUCUCGUCAUUGCAAUGCAAUUACUGCAAUCUCAGGAAACGCUUUCACCGUAACUAACAAUACAAACACGAUUUAAAUACAGUAAGAGAUUCAUUAUGUAGUGUAAGAGUGUCACUAUAACAGGAGUUUGUGGCCAUAUCCUCUCGCGAUGUGUGAUCGACAGCUUCAGCCAUUAUAAACAGAGCAUUCUUUGAAGCGUUCAUAGUUUUCUUGCUCCAGAGGCAGUCGUAUGCAAAUGAUUGUGUCCCUGUGAUGCCAUGUGACACCUCGGAUUCAAACAAACUAUUUUUACAGCUUAAUUAUAUAAAUGCUUUUUUAUUGAUGACGAGGAUGUUUUAAGUUAUGGAACUUAUAGGAUGUAAUAAUCAUACAAAGACCUCUUAUAUGCCAAAAUUUGAUUUAUCAUGUCAUGACCCCUUUAAGAUAAGAGUUCAAGAGACAUUUUUUUUAAAGAAAAAAACAUUAGCUGUAAAUAUGUGGAUAUUUAGUUUAUUUUUCAGGAGAUUCAGAGAACAAAAACUGUCAUUUAGCAAUGAUUAAUGAUUAUUUAUUCAAAAUGUCUUUAAACUUUUACUGAUCAUCUCAUAUUAGUGAUCUUCUCAGUGAUCUUCAGUAAAGUUGAGUUGAUCUGCUGAUCUGGAGCUCAGAUGUGGUUUCUUCAGUGUUUUGUCUGAUCAGAGAGCAGUUGUACAGUGUUCAGGCCAGUGUUUCCUCAGCUCUGUGUUCAUGUAGUAAUAGAUCCAUGUGAUGAAGGGAAACACAGUGAUUCCCACAGCAGUGCAGAUCCUCACGGAGCCGACAGAAGUCCUGCAGGACAUGAAACAGAUAUUAAUGCUCAUAAUAAUAAUAGAGUUGAAAAACAUCCUGACGGAGCCGACAGCACUUCUACAGGACAUGAAAGAGAUAUUAAUGCUCAUAAUAAUACAGCUGAAAAACAUUCAUACUGAAUCACAGUCUUCAGAACAACAUUUCUCCAUGUUAAAAGCGUUUACCUUCCUGAAUGUCUGCAGAGCAGCAGCCAGAAAACCGUCAGCAGGAGUCCACAACAUUCCCUAAGAGCAAAGAUUACACCGCUGAAAUAAAUCUGCUUUAUUCCUCUAAUGUGACUGAAUCUGGGUUCAAAACUCUGAAUUAUUGUUACCUUCCUUCCUCUUGCUGGAAAAUGUCUGUAAUUCCCUCCUUAUAAAGUUUCCAGCCCAGAAUGAGCCCAAAUGUAGAGGAAACAAGCACAUGAAGAUCAGCCGUUCUCCUCCAUAAUAAUGACUCUGGAGAGAUGAUAAUUAAUUAAUUUAUAACUAUCAUAUAAUCUCUUAUGGCAGUCGAAACGUUGUUUUGUGUGUGCAUGUACCUAGUCAGAAGAGUGUGAAGAACAGACUGAAGUCUUUAUUUACUGAAUAUAUAGUCUUUGCACACUUAAGUUUAUAUUAGUCUGUAUUGUUGGUCUUGUUACGUCCCAGGACGUAUAUCGUUCAAUAUUUUGUAAUUAUGUGUAUGUGACAGUUUCCCUGAUGCCCAACAGCCUGCUGGGAAGUGUAGUUUUUUUCCCUAUUUCCUCUGUUCCUCCCUGUCCUCUUGCAGGAGCCCAAUUGAUGCCACCUGUUCCUCAUUAGAGUAUGGAGAGGAGCUUGCAUUUACACCGCGGGAGCUGGCUGUUCCCCAGAGAGAGUGUGGCCUGUCUUCCCUCCCAGAACUUUUGUUGUCUUGGCUGUUGUGAAAGCUUCUUUAAGAGAAACCUGUUGUAUUUUGCUGUUGUGAAAGCUCCUUGAAGAGACACCUGCUGUAUCUGCUGUUGUGGCAGUGUGUAAUUGCCCCAUUAUUAGUGUUGCAGACGCAGUAGGGAGGUGGGUGCCCUUUUGUUUUUACUAACCCCUGUUUUCCCCUGUUUUUGGUUAGUGAGGCAGUCAGGUAAGAGAUUUGUUGUUUGUUUUGAUGUUUUGUUUUGAUAGGUUAUUUAGACUCCCUUACUCCAGUUAGCUUACUCCUUUUGUUUGUUAUUUUGGCUUUAACCCCCUCCCAAAGCUAGAAGCGUCUUGUUAGUUAUCCUUAUUUUGCCUUAUCCUUGAUUGUUAUAAGAGACUUUGUUCAAUAAACCUUUUCAAGAGUUAUUUUGUGUUCGUGUGAGUUCUGGGAGUGCAGACUGAACCAACUCUCUCUCAUUUUUGCCCUGUGUUUUUGAAGGGACAUAUCUUUAUUACUUUUUAUUUCUAUAUGUUACUCUCCCACCACCCCUAGACAAAAGGGGGACGUAACAUAUUUGGGGGCUCGUCUCAAAGUUUUUCAAAGAGGCCAUUUUCUUUACUCUACUUUGCUUGACUGUUUUCGUUUUUUGGGGGGUGAGAGGAGACGUCUUGGAGGGUGAGUAUGGAUUUUGAUUUAACAGCAUUCACUUUAGCUCCUACUAUUGAGGUCUUUAAUAAGUGUAGAAAACAGGAUUUGCUGUUGAUGGCAGACUUUUUUAGCAUCAGUGUUCCAAGAGAAGCUGCUAAAGGGGUAAUUAAGGAUAAGCUUUACCUAGAACUAGUUACUGCUGAAAUCUUGCCGACUGAUUCAGAAGAUGCUUUGGAGGAGAAUAUUGGGAUUGCAGAUGAAGGCUCUUUUGCUCCUCUGCCACCCAGUAUUGAUCCUACCAGUCCGCGUUUUGACCCUGUACUCGCACUCAAAUUUUAAAGAAUUAGAUCUUGCCUUGAAAAAGCAGGAACAAGAGCUUCAGCUAGUACAUCUUCGUACGGUAGAGGUACAGGCUCACCGAGAUAUUAAAUUGCGUUCUCUAGAUCUAGAUCUUGAUCUCUAGAUCUCUAGAUCUAAAGCUUGUACCCCCAUUUAAAGAAACGGAGGUGGAUUCCUACUUUACAGCGUUCGAGCGUAUAGCUGGUAAGCUGGGGUGGCCGAAAGAUAUGUGGGGGUUAUUGCUCCAGUGUAACUUAACUGGCAAGGCACAGCAAGUGUGCUCUUCCCUGUCAGUUGAGCAGUGUUUAGACUAUGACAUGGUUAAGGCUGCCAUUCUUAGAGCUUAUGAGCUAGUGCCAGAAGCCUACCGGCAGCGUUAUAGAAAAUUAACGAAAACAGUCAAUCAAACUUUCACUGAAUUUGCUCGAGAAAAGAAAACCCUCUUUGAAAAAUGGUGUUGCGCUACUAAAAUUUCGAGUCUUGAACAGCUUCAAGAGCUGAUCUUAUUGGAAGAUUUUAAAAAUUGUGUGCCAGAGAGUGUAGUUGUUCAUUUGAAUGACCAGAAGGUCAUGACACUCUCUGAAGCAGCAGUAAUUGCUGACGAAUUUGUGCUCACCCAUAAAAAUGUUUUUCCGGUCUGUCAUAUGAAUCCGUACCAGUAUCCUAUAAACAAGAAUGGCAUGAGGGAUAAGUUCCAAAUGGGUAGAAUGGAAAAAGGCCGUAAGCCAGUCUCAAACCGCAGUGGGGACAAGCGUCUAUGUUUUUACUGUCUUGACCCUGACCAUCGGAUAGCUGAUUGUAAAGCGUGGAGGCAGAAAAUGGGCACUAAAGCUAAAAGUGUUGCUUUUGUUCAGUCCGCUGCCGCUUUUGAGGAUUCUGCUCUAUCAAACGUCUCUGGUUAUGAACCGUUCUUGUUAAGUGGAACUGUUUCGCUCUCCCCUGAUUCUCCCACUUAUCCAGUUUCAAUUCUCCGUGACACUGGAGCUUGUCAGUCCUUAAUACUGGAUAGCGUACUUCCAUUCUCACCGGAGUCUUACGCAGGCACAAAUGUCUUCGUUCAAGGUGUUGGACAAGGCUGUAUGAAUGUACCUUUGCACUCCAUAUGGUUAACUUCUGAGCUAGUUUCAGGUCCUGUCAAGAUGGGUGUGUGCACUGAACUGCCUGUGAAGGGUAUCAGUGUAAUUUUAGGGAAUGACCUGGCAGGUGGCAAGGUGUUCUCUUCUCCGAACAUGUUGGAUAACCCUGACUUGGGUGGACCAGCAGCUUUGGUUACCAGGUCCUCCACUACAGUACCUAGUGAUCUUGUUCUUUCUCAAUCCAAGAAACUGGUGGAGACUACUGACUUUUCAGACUCUGUUAGCCCUUUGUUUGAGUCUGCCGAGUAUAAAGUCUUGACUAAACCCAUGAUGGACACUCCUAUCAUUCCUGCUGUGUUUCAGGUGGAACAAAGUCCCAUAACGCUUGGGAAGGACCAUAUCGCUGCUGUGCAGUCUUCUGAGAAAGAUUUCUCUUCUGUUUACUGUUUGCAAGUACUGAAAGUAGUACUCUUGUACUUACUGCUUCCGACUUUAUUCUACCUUUUUCAGGUUGUGAACACAACUGGGCUGGGUGCAGUAUUGUUAUAUGAGCGUGUCACUGCUGCAGAUCAACUAGAAGACUGCUCUAUUUGUGCACUAUCCCAGCCAUCUAUUGGUAGAACCUCUUUCAAAGUGUGUCCAAAAAUGCCACUGGAUGCCUCUCAGCUUUGUGAUGGGAAGAUGGCUGCGUUAGUUGUGAUGGUUCUGUUGAAGAUUUGUGCAUGUACCCUGGUGCAAACUACAACAAUAGUGUCAUGGUUGCUCCUAUUACUGCUAUGUAGGAGCAGUUCUACUGCAGGAAGAUGCCUCUGGAGUUGACCAACCACAAUCCCCUAACCUUCUUGUCUCAUGUGCAACUCUAAUCAACGCCUGAUGUGCUGGUUCCUCAUUGUGCAAGAGAACUUUGAAAUUCGUUAUAAGCGAGGUGUAGAAAAUGUCAUGACUGAUGCGCUGUCCAGAACCAACAGUGCAGCCAGCUGACCUGUGAAAAUUUAGUGCCUUUGUACGUGAGUACAUUUAUGUUGAAUUAUUACAAAUUACUGUGGUAAUCUGUAAUUUAUGGGUGGGGGUGUUACGUCCCAGGACGUAUAUCGUUCAAUAUUUUGUAAUUAUGUGUAUGUGACAGUUUCCCUGAUGCCCAACAGCCUGCUGGGAAGUGUAGUUUUUUUUCCCCUAUUUCCUCUGUUCCUCCCUGUCCUCUUGCAGGAGCCCAAUUGAUGCCACCUGUUCCUCAUUAGAGUAUGGAGAGUAGCUUGCAUUUACACCGCGGGAGCUGGCUGUUCCCCAGAGAGAGUGUGGCCUGUCUUCCCUCCCAGAACUUUUGUUGUCUUGGCUGUUGUGAAAGCUUCUUUAAGAGAAACCUGUUGUAUUUGCCGGUGUGAAAGCUUCUUUAAGAGAAACCUGUUGUAUUUUGCUGUUGUGAAAGCUCCUUGAAGAGACACCUGCUGUAUCUGCUGUUGUGGCAGUGUGUAAUUGCCCCAUUAUUAGUGUUGCAGACGCAGUAGGGAGGUGGGUGCCCUUUUGUUUUUACUAACCCCUGUUUUCCCCUGUUUUUGGUUAGUGAGGCAGUCAGGUAAGAGAUUUGUUGUUUGUUUUGAUGUUUUGUUUUGAUAGGUUAUUUAGACUCCCUUACUCCUUUUGUUUGUUAUUUUGGCUUUAACCCCCUUCCGAAGCUAGAAGCGUCUUGUUAGUUAUCCUUAUUAUUCUGCCUUAUCCUUGAUUGUUAUAAGAGACUUUGUUAAAUAAACCUUUUCAAGAGUUAUUUUGUGUUCGUGUGAGUUCUGGGAGUGCAGACUGAACCAACUCUCUCUCAUUUUUGCCCUGUGUUUUUGAAGGGACAUAUCUUUAUUACUUUUUAUUUCUAUAUGUUACUCUCCCACCACCCCUAGACAAAAGGGGAAUGUAACAGUCUCUUGUCUCUUUAUUGUAAAACAUUGUGCUUUAUUAUUUAUAGUGUUGUAAAUAAAAGUAUAUAAUGUAAA